AGCAAACUGUGCUUACAUCACAUGCAGUCAGCAAAUCCCCACAAAGUAGGCUUCACUUGCUUAUUCCCUGUCAGAGCAUUGGGUUCUAGAGCUUUUGCUUCAGUUGGGUCGGUUGAGAAUCAUGUCUCAGCUCCAAACAACACUCACAGGUAUGAAGGUUCUAAAAGUUAUUUUGAGAGGGAGUUGCAAGAGUUGUUCGAUGAAGUGAAAAUGCUGGUUAUGAAUGGGGAGAAAGAAGAUGCGGUAGACCUGCUUCGAGCGAAUUAUGAGGCUGUGAAGGAGAGGAUGGAUGCCGGUGUUAGAGGCAUUGGGGAAGCUGCUACCAUUGACAUCAUAGCUUUAGGAUACAUGGUCAUUGGUGACUUCAAGUUUGUCGAGUCAUUAUUGGAUAUGUUGAAUGAGAUGGUUGGUAGUCUAAGGUAUGAUGAACCGCUUCUGGAUUCAGUCCUCGUGCAUAUGGGAAGUAUGUACUCAACUUUGGGGAAGUUUGAUAUAUCAAUGCUUGUAUAUAGGAGGGCGAUUGAUAACAUGGAGAAGAUAUAUGGGAAAGAUAGUAUCUUUCUUAUCACACCAAUUUUGGGCAUGGCAAAAGCUCUCACUUCUAUCGGAAGGACUAAAAAAGCAGUAGAGUUCUACCACCGCAUAACUAUUCUUGAAUCGAGCAGAGGCACUGAAAGUGAGGACUUGGCCAUACCUUUGUUUGGUCUCGGCAGCCUUUUACUCAAACAAGGGAAACCUAUUGAAGCGGAAACUCCUUUUAUGUGAAUUUUAAAUAUAUACACAACGUUGUACGGAGAAGACGACGGAAGAGUUGGAAUGGCAAUGAGUUCCCUGGCCCAUGUGAAGUGUGCAUUGGGAAAGGCAGAUGAAGCAAUCGAUUUGUAUAAAAAGGCUCUUAAAGUCGUCAAGGAAUCCAAUUAUAUGUCUCCUGAUGACAGCAUAGUGGAGAAGAUGCGGAUAGAUUUGGCAGAAUUACUACAUGCCAUUGGAAGGGGAGAGGAAGGCCGAGAGCUACUGGAGGAAUGCUUGCUGAUCACUGAGAAACAUAAAGGCAAAGAGGACCCCAGCUCAGUGACACACCUCAUCAAUCUCGCAACUUCUCAUUCACGCUCAAAGAACUAUGUGGAGGCUGAGCGCUUGCUAAGGAUGAGUUUGCAGGUCUUGGCAAAGACGGUGGCGCCCGAUGACCAAUCCAUUUCAUUCCCAAUGUUGCACCUCGCACUUACUCUUUACCAAUUAAAACGGGAUGAGGAAGCAGAACAACUCGCCCUCCGGGCUUUGCACAUUCGUGAGAAAGCAUUCGGAAAAGACACCCUUCCUGUUGCUGAGGCUCUCAACUGUCUGGUGUCGAUCCAAACUAGACUGAUGAGGGACGACGAGGUGUUACUGGAUCAGCUGAAGAGGGUUUUGAGCAUCCAGGAAAAAGAGUUCGGCCCCGAGAGCAAGGAUGUCUUGACAACUCUAAAAAAAGUCGUACAUUACCUAGACAAACUAGGCAGGAAAAACGACAAGCUCCUCUUGCAGAAAAGACUCUCUGCCCUUAGAUCAAAACUCAAACAACAAUUUCAACAAUUAUAGUAAU